AUGGAACCCGUAUCGGGUCGAAGCAACUUCGCCGCUGCAUCAAUUCAAGAACAGCCACUCGAUAACCUUGAGGACGACGUCACCAAUCCGUCGCCUCCCAGCAGCGACUACCAAUCCGACAAUGACUAUGACUUCGAUGAGUCGCAAUGUUUAUGCUGCAACCAGAUGAGCCCAGACCUGGACCAGAAUUUGGUCCACAUGUCAAGGGCUCAUGGGUUAUAUGUAGAUCCGGCAAAUCUCUUGGUGGACGUCGGGGCCCUCCUCGCCUAUUUCCACCUCAUAAUAUCCGGCCGGUAUGAGUGUCUCUACUGUGGGACGCAGCGGAGUACUCGCGAAGCGGUGCAGCAGCACAUGAUGGCGAAGGGGCAUUGCAAAUAUGACAUUACCGACGAGGAUUCUGAGCUCCGAGACUAUUACGAACUCCCUUCGUCGGAUGCAAAAGAGGAUCUACACCAAAAUCUCUCUGCCAUGCGCUUCUCAGACGAGCGCCAUCUUCCAUCACAAGCCAGAUUGAGGAAACCACGACCACCGAAGCGUUCAGACCGACACGGGGCCAACACAGCUUCUCCACUGGGCCAAGCACUACCUACCCCGAGUGCGACUCCCUUGUCACACUCAGAUGCCGAGCCAAGCUCGAAUGUCGCCGAGACACCUUCUCAUACCCGCGGUCAACUGAGCACAAGAGCAGUGAAACAAGAACACAUCCUCAACAACCAACUAUCACAGCUUCGUGCCGGUGAUCGGAGAAGCCUUUUACAUUUACCGACUUCACAACAAAGGGCGUUGCUUGCAACCCACCACAAACAGAUGCAGAAGGCCAAGAGGACAGAGCAAACAUACCAGCGGAACUUAGAGAGCGCAGGAAACAGCUUCAGUUGUCUCGGCAAAAUCAGGUUGAUACGGAAACCUCCUCAUACAGGGAACAUUCACAGUCUGAAACGGUGA